GGGGGAAUUUGCCCUCCAAAUCAAGGCACCAACCCACCGACCGCGGCUCCUCCCUGCCCUCCCCACCUCGGAGCUCUGGGGGCAUGUUUUUGGGGGGCCGGCCCCACCUGCGCGGCCGCCGUGGGGCUCAGCACAUCCCUCCUCAGCAGCGACAGCAUCUAUUUAUAGCGGCCCCCGGCCCCCCCUCGGCCACGGACACCGCUCGGAGGUCAUUAACGAGGGGGGUUAAUUGGGCACCAACCCCGCGGCGGGGGCCCGUGUCCCCCGGGGCUGUCCCCUGCGGUGGCAGCGGGGUCAGGGGUGGUGGCACUGGGCCGGGAACAGACGCGGGCAUCACCCCGCGGGGCCGUCGGAGGGACAAUGCGGCUUUGUGUGGCCGGUACCAUCGGGGAUGGGAAGGCGAGGCAGGAAAACAAGGGGCUGCGGGAUGGCAUGACGCGGUGCCGGCUGGCACUGCCACUGCCGGGCACGGCCGUGCCACAGCCACCGCGGUGCCGCGGCGGGACGAUGCUGCCGGGCAGCCGCUGCCCGUCCCGGAGGCAUUCCUGCAUCGGCUUUGACCUGGAGAAUGGCCCCCCCGGGCGGGGCGCGCUGGACCCCCAGGCCAGCCCGGGCGCGGGGCUGGUCCUGCAGGGCACCUUCUCGCACGGCCAGCGCCGCGAGUCCUUCCUCUACCGCUCCGACAGCGACUACGACCUGUCCCCAAAAGCCAUGUCCCGCAACUCCUCCAUCGCCAGCGACCUGCAUGGAGAAGACAUGAUCGUCACACCGUUUGCCCAGGUCCUGGCCAGCCUCCGCACCGUCCGCAGCAACCUGACACACCUGCAGGACCGCGCCGGCAUCAAGCGAGGAUCGAGCAGCAGCCUGCCCUCGGGGAGCAAGGCCAGCCUCUCCGCAGAAGAUGCCCACCAGAAACUGUCGCGGGAGACCCUGGAGGAGCUGGAUUGGUGCUUGGAUCAGCUGGAGACUCUGCAGACCAGGCGCUCGGUCAGCGAGAUGGCCUCCAACAAGUUCAGGCGGAUGCUGAACCGGGAGCUGUCGCACCUCUCGGAGACCAGCCGCUCCGGGAACCAGGUCUCCGAGUACAUCUCCAGCACCUUCCUGGACAAGCAGCACGAGGUGGAGAUCCCCUCAGCGCUGGCAAAGGACAAGGAGAAGGAGCGGAGGAAGCGCCCCAUGUCGCAGAUCAGCGGGGUCAGGAAGCUCACGCACAGCUCCCGGCUGGCGGCCGCCGGCAUCCCCCGCUUCGGGGUGCGCACGGAGCACGAGGCGCUGCUGGCCAAGGAGCUGGAGGACACCAACAAGUGGGGGCUGGACGUGUUCAAAGUCGCCGAGUACUCGGGGAACCGCCCGCUGACCGCCAUCAUGUACAGCAUCUUCCAGGAGCGUGACCUGAUGAAGACCUUCAGAAUCCCCGUCAACACCUUCAUCACCUACAUGCUGACGCUGGAGGAUCACUACCACGCCGACGUGGCGUACCACAACAACCUGCACGCCGCCGACGUGGCGCAGUCCACGCACGUCCUGCUCUCCACGCCGGCGCUGGAGGCUGUCUUCACGGACCUGGAGAUCAUGGCUGCCAUCUUCGCCAGCGCCAUCCACGAUGUUGAUCACCCUGGGGUCUCCAACCAGUUCCUCAUCAAUACCAACUCGGAGCUGGCCCUGAUGUACAACGACGCCUCGGUGCUGGAGAAUCACCACCUGGCCGUGGGCUUCAAGCUGCUCCAGGAGGAGAACUGCGACAUCUUCCAGAACCUGAGCAGGAAGCAGAGGCAGACGCUGCGUAAAAUGGUCAUCGACAUGGUGUUGGCCACGGACAUGUCCAAGCACAUGAACCUGCUGGCGGAUCUGAAGACCAUGGUGGAGACCAAGAAGGUGACCAGCCUGGGGGUGCUGCUGCUGGACAACUACUCCGACCGGAUCCAGGUCCUGCAGAACAUGGUGCACUGUGCUGACCUCAGCAACCCCACCAAGCCGCUGGAGCUGUACCGGCAGUGGACCGACCGCAUCAUGGUGGAGUUCUUCCACCAAGGAGACCGGGAGCGGGAGAAGGGCAUGGAGAUCAGCCCCAUGUGUGACAAGCACACCGCCUCCGUGGAGAAAUCCCAGGUGGGAUUCAUCGACUUCAUCGCCCACCCGCUGUGGGAGACGUGGGCGGACCUCGUGCACCCCGACGCUCAGGAGCUGCUGGACACGCUGGAGGACAACCGGGAAUGGUACCAGAGCAUGAUCCCGCGCAGCCCGUCCCCUCCGCCCGAGGCACCCGCCGCGUCCCCCGCCAGCACCGACAAGUUCCAGUUCGAGCUGACGCUGGAGGAGGAGGAGGAGGGUGAGUCGGACACGGAGCUGGAGGGGGCCGAGAGCCCCUUGGAUGAGGACAACAGCGGCUCCAAGACACCAGGCACGGAUGACUCGGAGUGCGCCGACACCAAGCGCCUGUCCCCCGGCCCCGGGGACCGGGACUCGCCUGCGCCCCGCCCCAGCGACGUGGACAACCGGCGGGCGCUGGAGGGGACGCUGCCGAAGGAUGGUGGCAGCGGCUGCUCCGUGCCAGGGCCUGAGGGCACCCAGGGGCUGUGCCUGGACACAGAGGGCAACGUCACAUUCCUGUCCCUGGGCACGUAGCGGCACCGGGGGUCCCCCGGGUGACCCCCGUGCUGGGGGACGUGGGGACAGCGGGGAGCUGGCACUGGGGAGCACCGGCACUGCAGGGACUCGCAGGUUGUGUCCCCGUUUGGGGGCUGGGCAGGUCCUGACGGGUACGAGGAUGCUGAUGGCCUUCACCCGGCUGCCAGCUGCUGGGAAAGGUCGCUGUCCCCUUCGGACACGGCGUGGGGACACCGUGCUCUGGCCCCAGCCCAGCCCUGGGGACAUCACGCCCCACAGGGCUGCAGGAAGGAGAAUUCCAGCAGCUUUCCCGGCAGGACAGCAGCCCCACGGUGCGAUGAGGGGGGCAAAGGGUGCUGGUGACGCCCCCAGCACGGGGCACCCCCAGGCACCGGCGCACGGCACAGGCACGACUCAGUGGUUUAUUUAUUUGGGGGAAAAGUUCACUUUUUAAAGCCUUUUGUAGCUCACUUUUUACUACGAGCUUCUCCGAGGCUCACACACAUUUUUGGGGCGGAAAGAUGCGGUUUUUUUGGGGGGGAGGAAAACUGCAUUUCCGCUCUGCGAUCACUCAAAAUACCAUUUGUAUUUCACAUUUCGGACCCUGGCGGGUGCUGUCACCAUCCCCCCACCCCUCAUCUCCUGGGGCAGUGUCCUUUGGGAUUCUUCCUUCACCUUCCAGAGAUUAAACCCGGUUUGUUCCACCCUAAACAUGAGCCUUGUGAGCGCCUCUUUGUGUCACGGGAGCCGCAGCCGAUGUCCCCAGGGGCCGGCGUGGUUGGUGGCCCCGUCUCCCACCGGGCAGGGCCUGGCUCUGUGCUGGAACAAAAGCGAGCUCCUCCCUGGAAACGC